AUGACCAAGAGUCUGAAAUUGAAGAGGAAAAGUAAGUCAACUACACCCCCACUGGCAUCUGUGGCACCUGCGUCUGUGGCACCUGCGUCUGGAUCUACACCGAAGUUGCACACUACUGCUAAUGCCAACGCAAAAGAAAAUACCACUAAAGUAAUAAAGACACGUUCUGUAUCAACAAAGCGCAAAAAAGAGCACCAACCACAAUCGGUACAAUCAUCCAAUUACAAAAGCAUCUUUAGCGACUCACCGGUAUAUGACCUUCUCCACUAUUUCGAAAAAGCACCGGACCAAUGGGCAGCACGCUACAUCCUCAUCCUAUCAUCCCUCUUAUUGCGCACUGCCGUGGGACUUGGCGGACACUCUGGCUUUGGAAAACCUCCAAUGUAUGGUGAUUUUGAAGCACAACGACAUUGGAUGGAAAUAACAAACCAUCUACCCUUAUCACAGUGGUACUUUUUCGAUUUGCAAUACUGGGGAUUGGACUACCCGCCACUCACAGCUUACCACAGCUGGCUCUUGGGCAAAAUUGGCAGCUUUAUCGACUACACAUGGUUCCAAUUGAAUAGAUCUCGAGGCAAAGAGACUCGCAGCUUGAUCAACUUUAUGAGAUUGACUAGCAUCGCAAGUGACUUGGCUUUGUACAUCCCGGCAGUAUUAUUAUUGGCCAAUAUCUUGGGUAAGAAAUUCCACUUGAGUCGAAUGGACCAGAUUGUGGUUGCACUAGUAAUUAUCAACCAACCCAGCUUGGUCCUUAUUGAUCAUGGCCAUUUCCAAUACAACUCAGUAAUGCUUGGACUAUUCUUGUUUUCAGUAAUUGACUUGGUUAGAGGAAACUUGGUCUUGGCAAGCAUUUGGUUCAUUAGUUGCAUCAACUUCAAACAGAUGGGCUUAUAUUACUCGGUGUUUAUCUUUUUCUACAUCUUGAGUCAAUUGCAAAACCUUGUUGAGCUUAUUGCCGUAGGUGCCACAGUCGUGGUGACUCAAAUCAUUUUAGUGUUGCCAUUCAUCAUGACUGAGCACCCCUUAAACUCAUUACAGCAAAUUCUUAUUAGAGUUUUCCCAUUCAAUCGUGGACUAUUUGAGGAUAAAGUUGCAAACUUUUGGUGCACAACAAAUGUCAUUAUCAAGUAUCGAGAGUUUCUCGACUCGUCGCAAUUAUCGAAAUUGGCACUUGCAGCUACCUUGGUGUCUAUUUUGCCAAUAAAUGUCUACAUUUUUUACAGAUUGCGGAAAUUGCAAAAAAGACUCGAGAGCGACAAAGAUGUUGUCAAUCACAAGGCACAAUACCUCAUUUAUGGAUUUGCUUAUAACGCACUAUCAUUUUACUUAUUUUCCUACCAAGUGCAUGAGAAAUCUAUUCUUGUGCCAUUAUGUCCCAUCUUGCUUUUAUUGUACAUCAAUCCGGGAGAUAUAGCGAUAAUUCAGUGGGUGCAAAACGUUGCUGUAUUUAGUAUGUACCCACUUUUGUACAAAGACGAUUUGGUGUUGCAAUAUUUUGUCAUUGUUUUGCUAAUGAACUGGUUACUUGGAUGGAAAAACUUGGUGUACCCAACGAAACUUUGUUUAAACAAUCUCGUUAUUGGUGUUGUUUAUUUGGCAAUGAUUGUGUACCAUAUCGUAGACGCAGUGGUGCUGACACCUGCAAGGUACCCUGAUUUAUGGGUUAUCUUAAACACGGGCAUUUCGUUUGUGGCAUUUGGUUACUUUUGGCUCUGGCUUAUUUAUAGAAUAUGCAAAGUUUGA